AUGGAUAUCAGUGAACAUGAGAUUGGUUCUAAAUUGCCGAGUCAAGAAUACGAUCAAUCAUUCCUUUCUCCCCCCGGUAGAUUUUUCGAACCAUUGGUGUGUCAUGCGGAGAGUCCUAAGGAGCUUGCCGACUGGAUUUAUUCGGAUCGCCCACAACUUCAUAUCCAUGUCGUUUCAUUCCGCGAUACUACCCUAAUAACAACAAGCUACGUCCACACCCUUUUCGACGCGAUAUCUCGAUCGUCUUUCUGGAGUGCAUGGAGUGCAGUACUCAGAGGUUGUGAAGACGAAAUACCGCCAAUGGUACCAUUCGAUCACGAUCCUCUUCAUACGCUGGGACAGAACGAGCUGAAAGAGGAGUACCAUAAUUUUGGGCUCGUAUUGAGUGGUCUCAAUCUUCUCUUGUUUGGAAUUCGAUACAUGGUGGAGUUACUAUUCUCACAGGAUGAAGUGGACCAUACUAUUCGAGUCCCAGGACACUAUGUGUCCAAGAUGACAGAAAUAGCCCGACAUGACUUGGCUCAAGCUGUCCCUAAAGCAAAAGAGCCUCCCUUCCUAAGCGAGGGAGACAUAGUCAUCUCAUGGUGGAUGAGGACUAUGAUAAGAGCACUGAAGCCUUCUCCAGAACGGCCUAUUAUGUUAAUGAACGUGUUCAAUAUAUGGCGCCUUUUCCCAGAGUGGUUCCCCCAAGACGGGAGAGGCUUCAUUGGGAAUUCAUUUUUCUACUCCUAUACACUUCUCUCUUCAGGAAAGGUGCUUCGUGAUGAAAGUCUAUCAUACACCGCAUCUGAAAACCGCCACGCACUCAUGAAGCACAGGACUCGGGAACAAGUUCAGGCCAUGACAGCUAUUCAAAGAGAUUCAUACAAGAGGACUGCGCCAGUCAUCGGCCGUACAAACAAUUUCUUCAUGGCGUGUACAAAUCAACAGAUGUCGGGCAAUUUCAAUGCGGACUUUUCUGGCGCUGUGAUCAAGUCAGGUGUUCCUAUGUCUAAUAGGGCGCAUGCACCUGGUCAACCCUCCUAUAUCAACGACAUUGAACAUUGUCGAAGCUAUCCAACUAGAAAUGUGGUCCGAAUUCUCGGUAAGGAUGCUGCCGGCGACUGGUGGCUUCUUUUCAAGACCCGAGCCGGGGCAUGGCAAGAUAUUCACCGACAAUUGAUGAGUGUUUAUGAGAGUGGCGACCCGAAAAUUGAGAGCGAAUUAACUAGCAUCACGAAAAACUGA